AUGCAGGAAUUAGAAUUCAACAAGUCUAUUAUUCCUAGUUUGGAAGAACCGUUCUCUUCGGCUGAACAGAUCGAAAGGUUAAGCGAACUGCACGAGGAGUUAUCAGGUCUUACACAAGGGAGUGUAAAGUUGGAUAGCCUUGAAUCGUAUAAGAAUGAUCUGAUUAAUAAAAAGAUAUUGAAGCACAAAGAUCCAGGAAUCAGAGCACUAAGCGCAUGUUGUCUUAGCGACAUUAUGAGGCUCUAUGCCCCAGAUGCUCCAUUCACAGAGAAGGAACUUUGCGAUAUAUUUAAGUUAUUCUUCUCACAGUUCAGGCUUUUGAGAGAUCCAGACAAUGGGAAUUUUAUUCAACAAACAUAUUUGAUUACCAGACUUUUAGAAUGUAGAUCUAUUGUGCUGAUAACAGAUCUUCCACCAUCUAAAAGAUUCGUCGAGGAGCUGUUUCAAAUAUUCUACGAGAAAGAUAACAACCAAUUUCCCUCCAAGCUUUGGAAGAUUAUUGGUGGGCUGUUGACAGAAGUUGUUUCCGAGUGUGAGACAUUAUCAAUGGACGUUCUUAGACUAAUAUUCAAUGCAUUUUUGAACCAUGAAUCUAAGGAAAACAACUCAUUAAAGGGACUUGCUCUCAAUAAAGAUUCAUCCUUUGAGUUCUCGCUUAUAAUAUGCGAAUCAGCCAGCAAUAGAUUGGGAAGACAUUUUUCCAAGUUCUAUUCAGAAAUUCUGUACGGGAUCACCAACGAGAACGAGGGCAUUCAAUCUGUUCUUGAUCCAUCAUACAGAACCCUAACAAAAUUACAUAAGCUGACAUCAUACGUGUGGCAAUAUUCACCAGAACUCGUUCAUUCCGUCAUAGGGUUUGUGUAUCAAGAGCUCUGUUCAGAUAAUGUUCCCUUGAGGAUCUCUGCUACAAGCCUUGUAACCGACAUUCUUACACACCAAUCUACCAUCAAUUUUGUGACUACACAUAACGAUACAUUCCAGAUUUGGCUAUCUAAGAUGGCAGAUAUCAGUCCAAAAGUUAGGGUACAAUGGGCCAAGUCUGUAUCUAAAAUUAUCUCCUGCCGGGAUGAUAUCAGCGAGGAUAUUGCAAAAGGCUUAGCAAAAACUUUGCUUGAUACAGAUGACACAGUUCGUUUACAAUCCGUAAGAUCAUUAGCACAAAUACCCUCCGAUAUAGUAUGGGCUAGACUAAGAGUUGAUACCAUAUUCAAGGAAUUGUUACAUCUGAUUCGGGACAAGAUCAAGGAAGUAAGAGAAGAAUCUCUCGUUUACUUAUGUAAAUUCUAUGAUGACUCGUUAAAAGAAAAUCUUUAUCCUUUGAAUCAAUCAAGGAAAAAUAGCAAAGAGCUUUGGGAUGUUAUCAAACAGAUACCAUCGCAUGUUUUCAAUCUUUACUAUAUCAACGAUUCCAAUAUUAAUAUGCAAGUUGAUCUCAUGAUAUUCAAUAAGCUUCUCAGUUUAGAGCUUGACGAGAAUGAAAGAAAUACCAGACUAAUCGAUCUAGUUAUCGGUCUUGAUAAUAAAGCUCUCGCAUCAUUCUUUGCAUUCAACAAUCGUCAAGUCCAGGUAAAUAAAGCAAUGAAUAAAUUGUUCGAGUUAAAUGGCGAAAAACUCGAGAAGCUAAUAAGUUGGUUGGGAUCAACUCUGCCAUCGCAAUUGGCGAAUGAUGCUAUAAUAAACAAAUUUUUAGAGUUAAAAGACUCUAGAAUCAGCCAUUUGAUCAAAGUGUCUAUCAAUCAAGAGACAAAUUACCCAACUUUGAAGAACUCUUUACAGGAACUAAAAAUCAGGCUGGAAGACCCUGAUUUAUUCAAGAAAAGAGGCAUUCGUUUCGGGACGUCUUUUAGCAGGGAAAAUUUCAACACUACAAUACUUCUACUUGCUUACAGAGCUUCUCCUUUCAUAUACAAUGUGUCAGGAAUAUCGUUUUUAUUGAAUAGUAAAAAAGAUGAUGACGAAGAAUACAAUAAGGCGCUUACUAAGAUAGUUCAAAACAUUUCUGAGGUGAAUCCAUUGUUGUUCAAGAGCGAAAUUAGUUCAUUAACAACUUUGGUAACGGAUAAUUCCACUGAAUCUGACGUUGGUAAACAGGAACAAUUGAAAACAUUGUACAAAAUUUUCAAGGCGCUUCCGAAUGAGGUCAAAAUGGAAGAUGGUUACCUAAUGGCUAAGUUAGAGGAUUUUGCAUUAAAAGGUAAUGUUGCCGAAAGCAAAUACGCAAUAAAAAUAUUGGCUUUAAUUCCUGACAAAGAUAAAAAGGAAAAAAUACUCUCGUCAUUAAGGAGUUCCGCUCUUCCUCUGGAAUUUCCUACUCACUCUAAACAUUUACUAUGCAACAGUCUAGUCAUUCUUUCCCAACUUUUCAAAGUAGACUUCAAUCUCCUCAAAGACGAUUGUAAUGAAAUCACAACAUUUAUAUUAAGAGAUUUACUUGUCACGAAUGAGUUCUUCAAAGAUAUAAUUGAAGGCGAAGAUACUGUCGAAUGGAUCGACGAUACUCAGUUGUUAAACAAAAAGGAGUGGGCUAUCUCUACGAAACUACUAUGCUUGGAAUUACUUACGAAUCGAAUGAUAUCGGAAGCACAAGCUAGCGAAACUGUAGACAGCUCUUUGGAAACGAUUUUCCAUAAAAUUUUAAAACUCUUUCUUUACUUCGUUUCCAAUGGUGGGGAAGUCAUUAAUCCAGAAAAUGAAACAAAAUAUCCAACCCCAGUCUCUUAUCAACGUAGAAUACGUUGCCAGGCGGGAUUACAAAUAUUAAAGUUGGCAAAAGUCGCAAAAUUCAAUAAAUGGAUAGAAUCAAAGUUCAUCUUCAAGUUAAUUAAUUUGGUUGAAGAUGAAAGUUUCCCAGUGAGAUACAAAUUUGUCAAUAAGUUAAAGAACUAUAUCUCAGAAGAGGCAAUAAGCAUAAAAUUUAUUCCCCUACCUUUCUUCAUGCCAUUUGAACCUGAUGUAAAAUUCAAAACUGAUGCAAAAAUUUGGAUCAACUUUACCUUCCAAAAAGAAAGCGCAACUAGAGGCGCUAUAUUUGAACGUAGCCUUCCAAGACUAUUACACUGUAUUGCCCAUCAUCCUGAUAUUGAAGACAAUGUUACAACUGAUGCUAAUGAAGAAGAGUUCAUGACAGCUUGUAAUGCUGCUAUUGACUAUGUUCUUUUCUACCUGGACACUGUAUUAAAACCAGAAAAUAUCAAUCUUCUCUAUUAUUUAACAGGGAGAGUGAAACAAUACAGAGACUUGCUAGAAGAUAAUCCAACUUGUAUUUAUGUUAUUAGCGAACUGGUUCAAAUGAUAUUAAAGGAACUGAAACAAAUGAAAAACUUAAACUUAUCUGAGUAUCCUGGAAGACUAAAUCUACCAAGCGAUCUCUUUGUACCUUUUGAGAACGCCAAACUAGCACAAGCAAACACUUUCAAAACAUUCAUAAAAGACGAAUUUGCGAAAAAGCUUGAACAGAGAAUAAAACUAAAAUGCAGUAAAAUGAUUCAUGGUUCUUCAACAACGAUUAAACAAAAAAGGCAACAAAGACAAUUAACCAGCGAAUACCAACAGCCAUCUCCAUCUAAGAAAAGGAAACAUCAUGUUACUGAAAGUGACAGUGAAAGUGAUGAAGAUUCUUACAGCGAUAAAAAUGUUUAUCCAAGCCCCCUAAAGAGUGGCAGGCAAAGGAAAAGCUCGCGUACUAGAAACACAGUUAACUAUAAUGAAGAGGAUGAUGAGAACGAGGAAAUUGUCUUAUGA